AUUACACUCCCAACCCUACUCUCAUUUAGUAUUCUCACUGAUAACCAGUCCGACGGGGCAGCGCCGAAUACAAUACACCGAACAGUCGUGUUCCGGCUUCGGAUCCAAUCUAUUUGCGGCUAGGGAAGUGUUUUUCUUCAUCAGCUACUUUCUGAAGUCCUCUUCCACGCGACCACAGGUGAGCAUGUGAUAUUUUCGGGUAAUCAACAUUUUCCUUUUACCAUGAGAUAACGAUUUCAUGGAUGAUGGACAUGGAAAAUAAAAGAUAAUCUCUGAUCACUUUCGAGCUCCAACAUCAAGCAAAGAAUCUCUUGAAAACAGAACACCAUCAAUUUCAGAACCUGGAACUGAUAAAUCUUUGAGAGAACAUUGAAAUCAGAAGGAGAGUUUUUCUAGCUGCACUUAUUUUAUAAAAAUGGCCGACGCGUUUGAUGAUGAAGCUGAGCAGGCUGUUACAAUCCACGAAUAUCUUAAGGAAGUUGAGGACAGGGAGCUGGAAGCUGAUUUAGUUCUAGGGGGUGAUGAUGGUAAGGAGUGUACCUAUAACAAUGGCUAUAUGAAAAGACAAGCAAUUUUCUCUUGCCUCACAUGCACCCCUGAUGGGAACGCUGGAGUUUGCACUGCUUGCUCAUUGGCUUGCCAUGACGGCCAUCAGGUCGUGGAACUGUGGACAAAAAGAAGCUUCAGGUGUGAUUGUGGAAAUUCAAAGUUUGGGGAGUUCUAUUGUAAGCUUUUUGCUAACAAGGAUAUUGAAAAUGUUGAGAAUGCGUACAAUCACAACUUCAAAGGUUCAUAUUGCACAUGUGGUCGGCCUUAUCCUGAUCCAGAUGCUGAAGAACAAGAGGAGAUGAUACAGUGCUGCUUAUGUGAGGACUGGUUUCAUGAGGAGCAUCUUGGCCUAGAGUCUUCUGAUGAGAUACCAAGAGAUGAUGAAGGAGAGCCUCUGUAUGAGGACUUCAUAUGUAGAGCAUGCUCUGUAGUAUGUUCCUUUUUAAGAUUGUAUCCUGAAGCAAUAUGGGCUGCAGCAAAGCAGCCAGAUGCUGAUAUCAAAGGUAGCAAAAAGCAGCCAGAUGCUGAUGUCAAAGGUUGCAAAAAGCAGCCAGAUGCUGAUAUCAAAGGUAGCAAGGAUAAAGGUGCGUCGGAAGAUAUGCCUUCCACUUGUAGAUCUGAAAAGUCGAUGAAUAAUAUGUGCUCUCAUAGUUCCCCUGAAAUUGAGGAUUCAAAAUCUAAAGCUGAUUCUGAAACUGUCUCUGGAGAGAAAGAUCCGCUUCAGGGAGACAAUUGUGCUAAAAAUGCAGUUUUAAGUCCUUGCAUGAAAAACACCAAUCCCCAUGCUAACUGUGUCCUUGGUGUCAACAUUGUGGAUGCUCCUCCAAGUAAAGAUAGUAAACCAAUGUUCCUUUCAAAAAAUUGGAGAGAUUUUUGCAAAUGUGAAAAGUGUAUGGAGUAUUACAAUCAGAAGAAGAUUGCUUUUCUAGCAGACAAAGAAGACUCAAUUGUUGAGUACGAGAAAAUAGGAAAGCAAAAGAGGGAAGAAAAGUUGCAGGAGCAGGAGGGUGCUGAGUUGAGUUUUUUUAAUGAACUUGGACACGUAGAGAAAGUUGAGAUCUUGAAGGGCAUCGAGGAAAUGAAGGAUGGGCUUCGUGCUUUCCUGGACUCUGCAGACUCGUCAAAGCCAAUCACUGCUGAUGAUAUUCACCAGUUUUUUGAUGACAUAAAGAACAAACGUCGUCGUGUAUAGUGAGUCCUGGUGUGUUCUUUUUGUCUGUGCAUCUUAAGACGUGCUGGUCAAAACAUUCAGUCUAACACUUAUUAGAGUUGGUUUGUAUUAGCUAUAGUUUACUAGGGCCGUGAGUUUUAUGAUAUUUAAAUUAGAGUAUUCCUAUUUGUAUGAUACACGUACUAAAAAUAGACUGGCUUUACUUUCCUUGAAGUUAAAUCAGGCUUAGCGUGUUCUGCUGAUGCAUUGCUGGAGUGAAUAUGUAGUUUUCCAAUCCGGUACUAAACCUUGCAUUAAAUAUGUAGUUAUUCUUAAAUCCUACGGGAUUAAGGAUUGUAUGAGGCAUUCCAUCUUCAGAAAUUCAUGCGAAUUACUUGGUUUA